GCUGCCAACCAUUACGGAUUUUCCGUAAUUAUUACGGAUUUUAACCCCGAAUUACGGAAUUACGGAACAUCGCUAGUUUAUUACGGAAACGAGGCUUUGUGCUGCAUGGUAACGGAAAAAUUUACGUUUCUGCUGUGCGUGUUUCGUGAACGCUGUUUGAAUACUUCGCUUGGUUGCUCAAAUAACGGAACUAGUAAGUGUGCGCAUGUACGAUGUACUGUCGAAAUAAGUAAAUUAAUUCUCGUGUUUUCAAAUAAUAAUGGGAUGGUAUUACGUCCGUUGUACGAUACAACUAGUACAUAUCCUCGGACUUAUCGUUUGAAGGCUACUUACAUCACGAUAAUUUUUGUACGGUACUUUGGCUAACCUGUGUUGUGUUAUUUUAUUUCUUGAAAGCCAUUUUUUUCAUCCUAGUGUUUUUGUCCGGUUUUUGUCGUGUCUACAGACGUGAAAUUUUUUUAUGUUUUUCGAUAGUGUUGUGUUCUUCAGUGCCGGUUGUAGAAAUGAAGCGUGUGACAGAAUAAUGUGUAUCUGGAAAGAAAAAAAAAAACACGCAAGUCUUCAGAACUUUCGACUUAAAUAUUCAAAAGAAUGGCCAUGCUUGUCGUUUUCAAAUGUUUGGAACGCCACGGUUUUGUAAUGUAUGCACGUGUGACUUUUCGAUUGCACAUGGUGAAAGGGAUGACUGUAGACGGCAUAUUGAAUCAAAGAAACAUGCAGAACAUUUUAAAGCCGUGACUAGCAAUAAAUCUAUAUCUUCGUUUUUUCGCUACAUCUGAAGAAACGAAAGUAACGAACGCAGUUAUUGUUUACAAGUCCUUGUGUUUGUCUUGUUUGUUUACAUGACAUUUCUUAUCGAACCAGGAUAAAAGAAGCAAAUAAAAAGACAGUUGUUUUAAAGUUUAACUUUGAAUACAUUGAAUUGAAGAUUCAAAAUAUCCAGUAAAAUUAUUAAUAUUUCUUACAUAUUCAGAUGAUUGUAUUGUUCAAAUAGAUUUUUUUAUGUAUUAAUUUGCAUUGUAUUCAUAUUUUUCUUUUUCUUUUGCAUAUUAUUGUCGUUGUUUUAUCUUGUGAGUGUGUUAUAAUGCCCCAGGAAAAAUUUAUCGUGCAUGAUUUACACGUACUUUUUUCAUAUACCUAAUUGCCAUUACUGAUGGGUGUGAUUUGAGGUUGGCAGCUCUGCAUGAGCAACAAGAGUAGACUCUAUUUUCAUAAGUGCAACGGAUCCCAUGUUACCUGUCUGACAUGACCUUGCCAGGUCACAGCUGUGACCUCGUGAUACCUCACAGGCCGCUUGGAGCCGUCGAGGAGUGGAGUAGCGACAUUUGUGUCACCCCUAUCUCAGCAUGAGCCGCACACAUCCACGUGAGCUGCAUGGGAGGUCAUCUGCCAGGCCACCCGCCUCUGCAGAACAGAAUCAUCGGCGGAGAGAAUGCCCAGCUUGGGGAGUUCCCGUUCGUGGUGGCGUUGUGGUCUGACAUGAACAACUCACCGUACAUCGUCUGUGGCGGGUCCAUCAUCUCCGCUCACUUCGUGCUCACAGCAGCGCACUGCGUCGACGACUACAACCCUAAGCUGGGCUACUACUACAUCCAAGCCGGCAUCGUCAACUGGGAAGACAAAGGAGUCCGCUACAAUGUGACCAAGGUUAUCGGCCACCCCAACUACGAUGCGGAAGGAGACAUCGCUCUGCUCAAGGUUGCAGGGCCCAUCAAGUUCACGGACAACAUCAGGCCGGUCGGACUGCCCAAGGCGACAGACUACCUCAAGGGCGGAGAGGCGGUGGAGGCGGUUGGCUGGGGAGCGACUAACACUGAUCCAGCCACGUACCCGAAGAUCCUCCAUAAGGUGGUGCUGACGGUGGUGAGCUACGAGGAGUGCACAAAGCAGAUCUCGUCGGCUCCGUCGCCCUACGACCAGACAGUUCUGAAUGCCACCAUGGUCUGCGCUGGCAAACCGAAGGGUGGAGUGUGUUACGGGGAUUCCGGCAGUGGUCUGGUGAGGGGAGCCAACUUGGUGGGCAUCGUGUCCUUCGGGGUUCCUUGCGGUAUAGGAUACCCCGACGUGUACACCCGGGUAUCCUCUCUGGUCCCGUGGGUGCACAAGCAAAUCAAAGCUAACAGCUAAAUCAAUAACUCUCACCCAAACUCGUCAUGAAUGUAUACAUUAUUGAAUAGGUUUAUAGUAUGCUUAAUAAAGUACAGUAAUUAUAAAAAA